CGCCUUUAUGUAACAGUUUAGAAUCACGGUGUAGUUUUACUGCAGAGAGAGCAAAGGAAACCGGUCGGAGGAGGUAAACGGGUUCGGGCCGCGGCUGGAGGAGCGGGAGUGACGUAUCAGCCUAACCUAACAGCACACACAGACACACACACGAGCUAUUGCUGCGAUUGACAGUAUCUCAAUGAAGGGAAAUGACCGCGAGUGACCUCAAAGGACACACUGUAUUUUAGCGACUGUUCGAUUUUUCUUUUUUAACGACAUAAGAUGAAAAAUGUACGCCAACAUUUUUGGUAUAUUUCAGGGUAAAAAGGAGUAAAUUACGGUGUUUGUUGCUUACACGGCUUUCUCACAAGCUUGCCAGCGGAGCUAAUAUUAGCUUGCUAAGCUAAAGUAGCCGGGGUACAUUGCUAGCAGCUAAGCUUUUUACACUGUUUCCCGCAGAUGCUAAGAUAAGCUAGGCUAAGGUAGCUGCUACCAUGGAUAAAGCCAAAUCGCUGGCAGACAAGAAAGGGGCGUCAGGACCUUUUCAUGUCAAUAACGGACAGAGCCAAAGGGGGUUUCACAGUCACGUCGUAGUGGCUGCCAACGGAAGCUGUUGCAGCAGCAAUGCAUUCGGCUUGAGCAGCGGACCCAACAGCGGUACGUUUGAAAACAUGCAUCACCUGCACCACGGGGAGGAUGUGGACUGCAACGGGUCCCCGGCCAAGAGAUGCCGGCUGCGGAGGAGGACGGAGUCGUUAAGACGGAACAGACCCCCCUUCCCCUGGUUUGGAAUGGACAUUGGUGGGACCUUGGUCAAGCUGGUGUACUUUGAGCCAGUCGAUAUAACUGCAGAGGAGGAACAAGAAGAAGUUGAAAACCUCAAGUCCAUCCGCCGCUACCUCACUUCAAACGUGGCCUAUGGUAAAACAGGUGUUCGUGACGUUCACCUGGAGCUGAGGAACCUGACCAUGUUCGGCAGGACGGGGAACCUGCACUUCAUCCGCUUCCCAACACAGGCCAUGCCUCGUUUCAUUCAGAUGGGACGGGAUAAGAACUUCUCCAGCCUGCACACCACGCUUUGCGCCACGGGAGGAGGGGCGUACAAGUUCGAGAACGACUUCAGAACGAUGGCCGAUCUGGAGCUGCUGAAGCUGGACGAGCUGGACUGUCUCAUCCGUGGCCUGCUGUAUAUUGACCGAGUGGGUUUUAAUGGACACCCGGAGUGCUACUACUUCCAGAACCCGUCAGACACCCACAGCUGCGUUAAGAAACCCUGCAACCUGGACAACCCCUUCCCGAUGCUGCUGGUUAACAUCGGCUCCGGAGUCUCCAUCCUGGCCGUGUAUUCGGAGAACAACUACAAACGGGUGACCGGGACCAGUCUGGGGGGUGGAACAUUCCUGGGACUUUGCUGUCUGUUGACGGGCUGCGAGACGUUCGAGGAGGCGUUGGAAAUGGCCAGCAAGGGUGACUCUACAAACGUGGACAAACUGGUGAAAGAUAUCUACGGGGGAGACUAUGAGCGCUUUGGCCUACAGGGCUCUGCUGUUGCAUCCAGUUUUGGUCACAUGAUGAGCAAAGAGAAGCGAGACAGCAUCAGUAAAGAAGACCUGGCUAGAGCCACGCUGGUCACCAUCACUAAUAACAUAGGAUCCAUAGCACGCAUGUGUGCUGUCAAUGAGAAAAUUGAACGAGUGGUGUUUGUUGGAAACUUCCUUCGGAUCAAUACAGUGUCCACAAAACUGCUAGCCUACGCAAUGGACUUCUGGUCCAAAGGACAACUAAGAGCCCUCUUUCUGGAACAUGAGGGUUAUUUCGGAGCUGUGGGAGCACUGAUGGAGCUGCUCCAGACAACAGAGGACCCAUGAAAGAAAAACCUCUUGUGACGUCAUCAUUUCUCGACAGGACGUCAGCCCUCCCUCCUUAAUGCCAUGAUGUCAUCGACUCUAAAUGCUGUGACGUCAUCAACUACGCUGCUGAAGGAUCUCAUUCACAGAGGUCACUGAAAGAACACGAAGAUGGAUAUGGAGAAACCAUUAAAAGCCAUUUUAAUUAUUGCAGCUUGUAAAUAAUGAUAACCUCUAACAGUCUUUUCCUUAAACCCCCAGAGUUCCCACUAUCAGAGAGGUUUAAUAUUGUGAUCUUUAAUUUAUAGUUUCCUGUUGAUUCUUGCGAUCAGCCCUGUCAGGAAGCACAGAGACACAAAGUCUUUUAGUGUUUUGUUACUGUGUUCAUGUGAAUAGCUACUGUAGCAUUACAUCCCGGGGACAGUAGUACAUCGGGUGACUAUUUGUGCAGCUGCUCUUCAGAAGAGGCUGUAUGCACAGGAAAAAAGCAACUCUCAAGUGAAUGAUCUUAACCAAUAGUGACUCAAGGAAAUUUUAUUUCUGCAGCCUCAGAGAUAUUAUUUUUAAGAGCUGGAAGGUUUGGUUGCCUGCGCAGAGUUGCCCCCUAUGCCGCCGUCUUCUGAGGAGUGCACUGAAGCCAAAUCCUGUUGAGAUUCCUCUGCCUCAUUCAGCUCAGAUGGAAUACAGAAAAACAGUUUUUAAUUCUGUCUUUUGCUCAACUACAUAUGGCCUUUCUGUUUGUGUCUUCUCCAUCUGCCUACUUAUAAACAACACUAACAUGACCAUAUUGCCAUGCACAAAUACCCAACCUGCUGAGUUGAGCUUGAGAUGAUGGGACCAAGACAUUGUCUUCCAACAGAUUGAAGUGCACUGUUCAUUUCUGUUUAGGACCCAGUCUGGCUCAGCAGCUUGUGCUUGUGAAGUGUGAAGUCCGCUGCUCUCUGAUCUUUCCUUCCUUGCCCACUGUUUCCUGAUCCUCUGGCAUCUCUGCCAGCCUGCGGCCUUGCUUGGAUGUGGUUUAAUGAGGCCUUUAGGCCGAGAUUACAUUUGCUUAUUGUAAGUAAAGGCAUGAAAAAAUAAGAACCUCAGUUGCCAAAAAAAAAAAUAAAAAAUAACGGAGAUCAAUAUUUAUAUUGGCUAAUAUCAGUAUGUUUAUGCUAUAA